AUGGAUAACUCGGAAAAUAGUGAUACUGACGAUCAAAAUCUAUCCGAUACGAACAAUCCAUCGAAAGAACAGCAUUCACUUAAAUUAAAAACUGUGCGAGAAUUUGAUGAGUUUAUAGAACAGGAAAUAGGCGAUGUUUUCUACUCGAAGUAUUAUUUGUUUAUUGAGGAAUUACAAGAGCUCAAACGUGAAAAUUUUAAUUUAAAAUUACGAAUAUAUUUUUUGGAAGAACAUUCUACAGUUGCAGGAACAAGCACUGAGCUUGUCGAACAACUUCGUGCCGAAUGUGCAUCUUUAAAACAACAACUCAAUCAAAAAGUUACUGGACCAGAUGGUGAAGUUAAUAGUGAUAUUAGUACCAAUAUUCAUUUAACAGAUGAUGAAGAAUAUAAAUCACUUUCAGCCGAAUUAGAACAUUUACGUAAAAAUUACGAAAAACUAUUAACUUCCCAUCAACAACAAACACAAGAACAACCAUUAAUGAUGUCGAUGAAUAAAUCAAAUUUAACUCAUAGUAUUCAAACAGAUUCGGGUUUAGAAACUACCAGUGAUUAUGUAACAUCAUCAUUAAAUGUGGGUACAUUGGAUCAACAAAAAUUUCGUGAUGCUGAAAAUAGAGGCUAUAAAAAUGGUCAACGUCAAGCACAAAGACGUAUCGAUGAAUUAAACGAACAAAUUAAUAAUAUGAGAAAACAAGUACAUGUCAGUUAUACAAAUCAAAACAAUGAUCAAUUGGAAUCCGAGUUAAAUCAAACUCGAAAACAAUUAGCUGAUUGUAAACGACAAUGUUCAGAUUUUGAAAUAAAAGUAAACACUUACAAAGAACAACAAUCAAAGGCUGAACGAGUUAUAACAUUAUUAAAAAAUGAAUAUGAUCAAAAAAUAGCUAGUUUAACACGUGAACGAAUUGAACAACAACCGCAAACCGAACAGCACUAUGAAUCUAGUAUCGAUGUAGAAGCUUAUAAAAAUACAUUAGCUGAUCGGGAUAGAAUGGUCCAGCAACUUGAAGAAUCGAUCAAUGAAUUAACCAUACGUUUACGUAAUCCGAUCACAGUCACAUUACCAUCAACGACUAUUACAGAUGAGAGUAGUCGACUUCUAAUGGAAGAAUUACGAGGCGAAAUACAAACACAUUUAGGAAUCGUUGAAACAUUGCGAGCAGAAUGUAUCGAAUUGAAACGUUCAGAAAAAAAUUUAAAACUACAGAUUGAACAAUUACUAGUCAUGUUUGAUGUACCUGUACCACGUGAACAAUCUGGAGGUUCAAACGUACUAAAUGAUUCUCAAAUGAUUCACAUAAAGGAUUUAAAAUCGGCUAUUAUUCAAAUAAAUACAAAUCUAAUAAAUGAUGCUGAAAACCUGACAAGUUUAACAAAUCGUGUAACAUCUCUCAUUCGGGAACAAGACGAGUGGCAAGGAAAAUUAGAGAGACUACAACAACAAAUAACAGAAAAAAAUGAUUAUAUUCAGCAAUUAGAACGUCGUGAAUCUGAACUUGAAGUGACAAUUAAAUUACGUUUUACGGAACGGAUUAGCCGAUUAGAACGAGAAUUAGAUGAAAAUCAUAAAUAUGUACGUACAUCAUUAGCAGGGUUCUCUUAUAAAGAACAAAUACAAACCAUGAAAUUGAAUACGCGAUCCGCUGACUUAGAACGAGAUGUUAAAAGACAAAUUGAACAAAUUGAAAAAUUAAAUAUACGGAUCCGAGAAGAUGAAAGUCGUUACAUCGAAGAACGUCGCCAUUUACAGACUGAAGUUCAGAUGUACAAGGAACAAAGGCAUCAAAUUGAAUACGAGUUACAGCAAACAAAAUCAUCCAUGUCCGAACUUCAAAUUAAAUAUGAUCGAAUACAGAAUACGGAAAGAGAUGGAGAGAAACAAAUUCGAGUAAUUAUCACUCAUCAAACACUUCAAAAACAAUAUGCACAAAUUGAAUUUGAAAGAGACGAAGUGAUAAAUGAACGAAAUCAGAAAUAUGAAAAUGAUAUUCAACAAUUGCAAUAUCGUUUACAACAAGAAAUAACAAUAUCAGAAGAAAAAAGUGUAGAAAUUGAAAAACAGCUUACACGUGUGUAUUCAACUGAAAUAGCAAGUAAAAAUGAAACAAUACGUGUAUGA